AUAAACAGCAGCCCACACAACACUUCUCAACAGAGACGACAAGCACUUUGAUGACAUCAGCGCGGCGCGGCGGCGCACCUCUCCACAGAGAUGACAACCGCUCUGUAAACAUCGCAACAAGGCGACGGCUUGCCGCUUCGCUAACAGAGAUGACAGGCCUUUUCUCUUCUCUUCGAUCGACGUCAGCUAAGCGGAUCCGUUGUGCACCGGGUGCACACAUGGCACACCACCGCCGCGGCGACGAGGACGACCGCGGGCCCGGAGCAGCCUACCAGGCCUUUGUGGCCAUGGAGCGUUUGCUGGACAAGCUGCACAUUUUAAACUACCAAGACGAAGUCCUGGCCAAACACAACAUGAGGAACUUGACCAGGCAUUACUUUGUGUCCAGUCCCUACCUGGAGUCCAACCCGGGGGAGCAGUUCUACAUGUUCACCAUCAUCGCGGCGUGGCUCAUCAACGCGGCGGGGAGGCCGUUCGACGAGCGCGUGGAGUACGGCGAACCCAGCGCCACCAUGUCGGACAUUCUCGCCGAACUGCGAGCGUUUGGCGUCCGGGUGGACUUCCCGCCCUCCAAACUCCUGUCGGGUUCGGGCGAGUAUGUGUGCUUCGUGUUGGACAGGCUAGCCGAGGAGGCGCUUAAGAAGAGGGGCUUCUCUUUCCGGAGUCCGAAGUACGCGAGAGAAGACUCGGAAGAACCGUUUGCGGUGGAGGAAGACAUCGAGCUUCACGUCGAGGAGGAGGUGAUAGAGGAGCUGGACGACGACGAGGAGCACGCUCUGGACCUGGAGGCCUUGAAAUUACGAAGCGCUCAGCCCGAAGCCAAGAUGUCCUGCGUCAACACGGAGAUCCUGCAGUCCAUGGUAGACGCGGCGGAAUGGUACCUGGAAGUGGAGCGCGUCCUCCCGCAGCUCAAAGUCACCGUCAAGAACGACAACAAGGACUGGAGGAUCCACGUGGAGCAGAUGCACCGGCACCGGGACGCCAUCUCGUCCUCGUUCAAAGAGGCAAAAGGCUAUCUGGAGAGGCUACAGGAGGACAUCGGGAAGACCUUGGAGAAGGUCCGCAGUCGCGAGAAGUACAUCAACAACCAGCUGGAGCACUUGAUCCAGGAGUACCGCAACGCUCAGGCUCAACUGGGCCAGGUCAAGGAACAGUACCGGCAAGCCAGUGAGGGACUGACGGAGAAGGCGCGCGUCCUGGCCGAGAUGGACGACGAGCUGAAGCGGGUGAAGCAGGAGACGGAGGAGAGGAACAGUAGCGUGUCGGACGGCGCGCCCCUCGUCAACAUCAAGCGCUGCAUGGCCGCCCAGAAGCAGGAGAUGGUCCAGCUGGAGAAAAUGAUCGCCAGCCAACGUUUGCAGAUGAAGAAAUCCAACAGUUUACGGGACACGCACGCCGCCGUCUUUCCGGAGCAAACGUACUUUUCACACCACUCGCACACGUGGACUUGGGAUUCUUGAAACUUGGCCAAAUCCUUUGAGAAAUGUCUUAUUUUGACAAGGAGGUGGGACACCCAUUAACUCGGGUACUUCAUUCAUUUAUGCAACACUGGUUUCAUUUUAUUUUUUUAAACUCUGGCAACUCUACAUUAUAUUAAUGUAUAUAAACCAGUGAUGCCCAACUUUUUGGGAGCCAAGGAAUCUCAUCGCACACCAGCAAACACAAAUGACACCAAAAGUUGACAACGCUGGAAAAAAACAAAAGGGCUGUUGGCAAAAGAUGAUAGUUUUGCUCCUCAAUUUUUCCAUAUCUGUACGAUCCGAAAUCAUGAUAGUCUCAUCUCAAUUUAGCCACAAAAAUCCUUGAAUU